UCUUUCUCUGUCUACGAAAGGGCACUGCGGACUUCGGAGACGGCGGAGAGAUGUCAGAUUAGAAGAACAGCUGGCCCACCUGGCCAGACGGUGUAAAUGUGUGAUUACGUGACCCACGCUCGACUCGUCAUGGCGGCGCCCGUGCCAGCCGGGGCGCCGGCGCCUGGAAACGACGCGACGCUAAGCACCCGUCUAAUCUGGCUUUAGCGAACGGCUUAACGGCGUGACCGCGCAAUUGACGGCGCGGCGGACCUAAUCUGCGCGCGUGUUGCCGCGAGCACUACAAGUCCCACGUUUAGGAGCAAGCUCCGGUGUGUUUGUGAUCUCAGAGUUCGCUCGCUCCGUAGGAAUGGAGUCGCCCACGCCGGCUUCGACGAUCGCCUCCACGACAUCCGCACCCGGCGGUAACGGGAACGUCGUCUACGACGAACUCCUGCCGGUCCUAAUCCAGUGCUUCGCCAUCAUCCUGCUGGGCUACUUCUCCGGCCGCGCGGGCCUCAUAGGUCCCGCCGAGACCCGCAGCCUGAACGUGUUCGUCUCCUACUUCUCGCUGCCGGCGACCGCCUUCAAGUCGCUCGCAGUCAUCGCCUUGGGCGAGGUCAACUGGCGCUUCCUGGCCGCCGUGGCGCUUGGCAAGAGCGUCGUCUUCUUCGUCGUCUUCGCCGUCACGCUGGCGCUCCUGUCCCGACAGCCGGCGAGCUUCGCCAAGGCCGGACUGUACGCCAUCGCUUCGUCGCAGAGCAACGAUUUCGGCUUGGGAUACCCGCUCAUCGUGCACCUCUACGACAAAGUACAGCCGACGUUCAGCCACUACCUCUACCUGGUCGCGCCCGUACAGCUGGCCUUCCUGAACCCGAUAGGUUUCACCAUGAUGGAGUAUGGACGCCCUCGUCAAGACAGGCCGGGGGCAACGCCAAGCCGCGUUCUCUCCACACUGAAGGGCAUCGUGAGGAACCCCGUUGUGAUUGCGCCCGCCCUGGGCAUCGUCUGGAACGUGAGCACGUCCAACGCCCCCUUACCGUCGGUGAUCGAGCGGAUCUGCGACUCCUUCGGGGACGCGUUCAUCGCUUCAGCGCUCUACCUGCUCGGCCUAAGCAUGGUCGGCAAGGUGGGAAGCAUGGACAAGUAUGCCGCCCUCACCCCGGCCCUUCUGGUGACUGUGAAGAUCGUCGUCUGCCCGCUGGUCAUCCGCGAGCUGGUCAACUUUCUCAACGUCGCCGACAACGAGCGAGACCUGAAGGACUUCGGCAACUUCGGCUUCCUCUACGGCAUGAUACCCAUGGCGCCCAGCGUAUUUAUCUUCGCCACCCAGUACGAUCUCCCAACGGCCGCCGUCUCCACGGGAAUGGUGCUCGGCACCUUCCUCUCGGCUCCUCUCAUCUUCAUCACAGCGACCGUGAGCCAAAUCAAGAGGCACAGUCUCAAGGACUUUGCCGUGAUUAUAGGCAAGACUAUGGUCACAUCCAGUGCCAUCAGCACUGCCUGUUGCCUGUGGCUUCUGGUGGUGCUUUUCCGCAGACGACACAGCGUAACUCACGGAGUCACUAUCUACUUGGUCGUCUGCCAGCUUGCCACAGCCCUGGGUGGAGUACUGUGGGCCGCCACGAGCAUCGACAAUCCUCUGUCUCCCGUCGCGUACACUCAGUCGGUGUUAUCUAUAGCUGGCAUCUUUGCAUCUCGCAUCUGGACCGCAAUCCUGGCAGGCGUGCUAGCCCUGUUGCACUGGCGCUCGCUCUGCUUCGUGCUCAGGCUUAAGUGGCUCAUCGCAAUAGCUGGAUUUGGAUCCUCUGUCCUGGUGGCACUGUCUCUCUGCCUGAGCAUCCCAAAGAGGGGAUCCCGGCUAGGCGACACAGACCCAAACUUCCAGUUCGGAGACAUACAAGCGGUCGUGGCAGUCACUGUUCUUCUCACCAGCCUCCUCUUCACGGUGGUCAGCCUCAUUCUUCAGCACAGGUACCGGCUGAGGAUGAGGGACUAUGUGCCCAUUCAAGGCAGCAGUGACGACGACGAACGGGCCACCUCGCCUCGGUCCGAAGACCACGACCCUCUUAUUCAGUCAUCGAGCUCUCGGUCACGUGCCUCAGUCUUGCAAGCAGGAACGAGCACCAAGUCGGAUGGAUGCACUGGAGAGUGCGAGGACUGCGAUAACUGCUCCGAUCAUGAAGAGCAUGGCAACGUUCCGGAUCUUGAAGACCUCAUGAGCGGCGCAAGGCCAAAGCACAACGCUCGGAGACUGCACAGGUCCUCGAAGUCUGCUAACCCCUCCGCGGCGCUGUUGGCAUCGGUGAACUCGAGAAAGGCAGAAUUCCACAUAUCGCCCUCACAACAAGUUCCAAGCACGUCUUUCGACGAGCUCUGUGGACCACAGUUCAGCUGCGACAAGCAGCAAGUCCGGCAGUGCAUGGGCCUUGUUGGCACAUACAAUCAGCAGACCACCAUUCGGGUGCAAAAUGUGGAUGAAGUGCUGGACUUGGACAGCGUCCCUCCAGUUGAUGACGAUGCACACCAAGUCUUCAGGCACACCUUGCUUUGUCUUCUACUCACUGUCUCCAUGGUCAUUGGACUUGCUGUUUCGCUUUGGCAGCUUCUUAUCUACGACACACCGACGGGAAUCUUGGUUGAGCUGGAAUUCUUGGACAUCAUAAUUAACUACGGACAGGGAAUGCUGACAUUUCUCGUGUUCGGACUCGACGCCAAGUGGCUCUUCCGAUCGCUGACCAAUGCUUGGUACUUCGUCACAUGUCGGCAGCAGAGGCCAAGGAACACGGCCGCCCUCGUGCUCCCGAGGUUCGAAGACCUGUCACCAGAGACCCGCCAGAUAUGCACACAGUUCCAGGUAUAUCACAGGGAUGCCUGCAUCACGGACAUUUGUCGUUCGCGACCCGGUCCCAACGGCACCGAGCUACACCUCGCCUUCGUGGGUAAGGAUCUAGUCGACUGGCUCAUAGCCGUUGGAUUGUGCCAUGACCGAGUGCAGGCUGCCCGAUACGGCAAGGCGCUGCUUGAAGGCAGGGUGAUAGAGCAUGCAACCGGACAGCACCACUUCUGCGACGAGCUAUACACGUACAAGUUCCUACCUUCGCACGAGAUGGAUGUUUCUUCAUGAAGUCGCAAGUGCGCGUGGAACAUUGCUUGAAAGGCAUAGCAGUCAGAUUGUGCUACGACCGAGUGCAGGCCGUCCAAUACGGCAUGGCGCUGCUUGAAGGCAGGGUGAUAGAGCACGCAACCCGACGGCACCACUUCUGCGACGAGCUAUACACGUACAAAUUCUACCUUCGCACAACAUAGAUGUUUCUUCAUGAAACGGCAUAUGUGCGAGCUACAUUGCUUACAAGGCAUGCAAUGACUUGUUUAUGCAAUGUGCCUUGAUAAGCUUACCUGUGGUGCAAAAGACUAGAAAGCGCACAACUUGGUGCUUGUACAAUGCACAGAAUGAACAAUUGUGGGAAAUAGUAACUCCCUGUUCUGAUAAAAUGCACCAUACUUUAAAAAUCUCGCUCGGCAAAGGUAGCGAACGCGAAUACAGCCGAGAAAAACGUAUAUUCAAUUUAUGUAUUUGUAAAUAGUUACGAAAAACUUUUGUUUUGAAAAGCUUCAACGAAGACUUAUAGUGAGCACAAAAGCCAAAGAACCAGAUGUUUAGGCUCGAUUAUUCUUGCGAAUUCCUGACAAUGCAUGGCGUGAUUCAACAGCAGCUUAUAUAGUGCCUUCUGAACAAUUUAUUCCAUGUCCAUAGCACACGCCUAUAGCAAAAGUUCAUAUCUACAGAUAUGGAAUAAAGUGUACCUGAUGUAUGC